UCACGCGGCCGCGGCGCCGGACCCGGAAGUCGUGGCUGUUGUGGAGGCGGCGGCGGCGCCGGGCGGGAUGGGGGAGUCGAUCCCGCUGGGCGCGCCGGUGCCGGUGGAGCAGGCCGUGCUGGAGACCUUCUUCUCCCACCUGGGCAUCUUCUCCUACGACAAGGCCAAGGACAAUGUGGAGAAGGAGCGGGAGGCCAACAAGAGCGCGGGGGCCAGCUGGCUGGCCCUGCUGGCCGGAUUGGCGCACCUGGCCGCCGCCGAGAAGGCCUACCACAGCAUGACCUUCCUGGGCCAGAAGCUAGGUGGUCAGUCAUUCUUCAGCCGAAAGGACUCCAUCCGAACCAUCUACACAUCUCUGCAUAAUGAGCUGAAGAAGGUGGUGGCGACGGGUCGCAAUGCACUAGGAGGAACAGCUCCUCACUUGGAAGAGCUGCUUUCUCACCUGUCUGAACAGCUCUGUUUUUUUGUUCAGGCUCGGAUGGAAAUUGCUGACUUCUAUGAAAAAAUGUACACGCUCAGCACCCAAAAGUUCAUUAACUCUGAGGAACUGGUAAACAUUUUGGAAUCCAUCUUAAAGAAAUACAGCUCAAGAUUUCAUCAUCCAAUCCUCAGUCCUCUUGAAAGCAGUUUCCAGCUGGAAGUAGAUGUGCUUGCACAUCUCUUAAAAGCUCAGGCUCAGAUCUCAGAGUGGAAGUUCCUUCCAUCCCUCGUCAACUUGCACAGUGCUCACACAAAACUACAGACUUGGGGCCAAAUUUUUGAGAAACAGCGAGAGACCAAGAAGCAUUUGUUUGGAGGGCAGUCUCAGAAGGCUGUACAACCUCCGCACCUCUUCCUCUGGCUGAUGAAGCUCAAAAACAUUCUCCUUGCCAAGUUCAGCUUCUACUUUCACGAGGCCCUUAGUCGACAAACAACAGCAUCUGAAAUGAAAACUUUGACUGCUAAAACAAAUCCUGAUUACUUUGGGAAAAUUUCUAGCUUCAUCCGGAAGUAUGAUGCCGUCAAUGUUUCCUUAAUUUUUGACAAUCGUGGAUCAGAGAGUUUUCAGGGACAUGGUUAUCAUCAUCCCCAUUCUUACAGGGAAGCCCCCAAAGGAGUCGAUCAGUACCCUGCAGUGGUGUCUCUGCCCAGCGACAGGCCUGUUAUGCACUGGCCCAAUGUCAUCAUGAUUAUGACUGAUAGAACCUCUGACCUCAACAGUUUGGAGAAGGUUGUUCACUUCUACGAUGACAAAGUCCAAAGCACAUACUUUCUGACUCGCCCUGAACCUCACUUUACCAUUGUAGUUAUUUUUGAGUCCAAGAAGUCAGAAAGGGACUAUCAUUUUAUUUCUUUUCUCAAUGAAAUUUCACAUUCCCUUAAGAACUCCAAAGCUUUUGCGAGCUUGAAGCCUGGAUCCAAAGGGUAAAAUACAAACUACUUACGAGUUGUUAAGGCAGUAUGCCAGCCUUGGGGGAGCUGUAGCUUUCAAGGAUUAUGUAAAUUCAUGAUUCUCAGAGUCUAAUUAAAAAGGAACCAUUAUUUUUAAUGUUAUAAGUUCCUUCUUUUUAAGCUAACAAACACUUGAAGAAAAGUAUUUUUGGGCAGUACUCAGUGGGGCAACUUAAUUGUGGGGUGCUAAAUGGCCACAGUAGGAUUUUUUUUUUGGUGUGGUUUUCAAUUUUCAGUAUGAUUUUAUUUUUUCAGUCCACAACUUUGUUGCCUUUAUCAGAAAGGAAUAUAUGCACUUUAUCUUAGUCUGAUCAUUGACAGUCUUCUACAGAGUUUAUUGAAAAUGUGAUGAGGAUGGAAGAUACUAUCUUUUCAGAAAACUGCGUUGCCUGACAGGAAUGAUUUCUGGGAACUAAACACUGAUACAAGGGAAUAUUUUAAAAAAGUGAACCUGCAAGGACACAUUUUAAAAAUAUGAGAAUCACAAAGGGCACUAUUGUUAAUUAUAACUUAGUUUUCAAAUGGUUUAAGAUGAUAAUUGAGGUCUCUGACACUCUCUGUUAAGCACCAGUCUCUAUUCUGAACACGCUGUGUCAUAAAGCUUUUUCAUUGCUCCAGAUCGCAGGCUGGGGCAAGAAAAGCUGCAGCAUGGACUGGAAGGCCAGUAUUCACUGGGGUGUUGUGACCUUGUGUGUCCAGUACCAGUCUUGGCUCAGAUUAACUGAAGGAGACAAGCUGAGGUUGAGCAGGUAUUCUAAAAGGAACAGUUCCAUGGAGAAAGCAGCAAAGCUCUUUUCAAAUUGUGCUUUAGUCUGGCUGACUUUAAAAAAAAAAAAAAAAAAAAAAAGGCAAUGGGAAAUGCCCUUUGUAAAUGAGUUAUUUUCUAAUUUAGUGAUAGGGUCAACCUGAAUUUGUUUCCAGAUUUUUAUAAGUAUAUAGUUUUUUCUUUCUGUUCAGUUUUAAGUAAUUUCACAAUUAAGCCAAAUCACUUUUUUAAUUUGGAUUUAAAUAUAUAGCCUAUGCAGUAUGUUUACCUUAUUCUAAAAUGUCUCUUUCACCACUUCUAGGCUGCAGGUUUGGAAAAAAGUAUGUUUUCUAGUUACCCUGGAAGUGCUUUAUUUUGGAAGUCAGUAUUUCCAAAUACAAUAAAAGGGUCAAUUUGGCUGUACCUGUAGCCUUAUAUUGCAUGAUUGUUCUGACUCUUAGCUAUGCAGUUGUGCAAGCACUUUCAUGAGAAUUCAGGAGGACUGAUAUGGGUCUCCUGUAUGAUGUAUGUAAGUGUGGUAAAGUUAGGUCUUUAGUUGACAGUGCUUAAAGUAUAACACCAUCAGGUUUGUUUUAAAAGGGAGUUUAAGUAAAAAUGUUAGUUUCUGUUAAGACUAAAAUAUAAAAGAUACCAUCACAGAUAUGGCUUUUACUGAUUCCCUUUAUCUCUCACAAAAGAUUAUGGUAACUUGUCUUGCCUCUUGCUGCAAGUACUGAUUUCUUUACAAUCACACAAGCAUGUUCUGUUCUCAAAGUGUAAAUCUGACUUUCCACUUUGUGCCAAAUAGAGCCUUCCACGCUUUGCUGUAAUUAUAUGUUUCUUGUGAAUAUCUGUGCUACUGCCUUUCACCUGAAGUCUUAGGCUGACUGCAGUAUUACUUUCAAAAGUUUAGAGUCUGCUUUUUGCCACUGGAAAAAUAACAGGAGUUGCAAAUGUACUAGCAACUGGAGGGCACCUGGUUGUAACAGUGUCACACUUUGCAGUGUGAAUUGCCCUUCUAACAGGACAAAGUGGCAAAGACAGUAUUGAGAGUUUGUGUGCUUCCCUCUGUGGGACAGUGACCAUGUAAUAACAUUGUACUAUUGACUUCCGCAGCCCGAGAACAGAAAAGUGGCUGUCACCAGAACUGAUUCCCAGUCUUCAGCAGCGUAAUAAAGUGUUGUACAAAUUCUGUCUGCCUCUACAGUAUUUCCCUGUUAUACUAGCUAUCUGUGGGAAGGGGGAGAGGAGACUGGGGGAAGAAACUGCAUGUGGGACGGACACCUUCCAGCUCAUUUCUGAGUUGCAGGGAACGUGUCGCAAGAGGUGCCCUUUGGAGCAGACCAGCAGCUUUAGCCAGUUGCUGAAAUGGCUGGAGGCUGUUCCUAGUCGUUUAUAUGGGGAGAGGAAAAGGAGGUGACUGUUCGGCAGACCUGGUGGUUCAUUUCAUGUUCCUGCCACUGUUUGGCGAGUGGUGUUUCUGGGAACAGGGAAGGAUGUUAGGUGAUGUUUCUGUGCAGGAGGAGGUGAGACUUGCUUUGCCUCUUAGCAGUGCUGGGGUGGUUUGCUGCAGUUUUCUUCAGAGGAUCUUGGGGAAGCAGCCAGAGGAGCUAUCUGACUCGUGGGUAGGAAUUUCUGAAUAUUUAGGUUGGUUAAGAACCAAAGGGAGCUGUUGCCAUUACUCUCGUGGUGUGAGAAGGGAGGGAACAGGAGAGGUACACAGAGAAAUGGUGGGAGAGAAUUGGGUGCUGGAGAGAGAAGCUUUUGUGGAGCUGUCUCAGGGUUUCAGACCCCUGUCCCUGAGGUGCUCCUUGUAAGAUCUCAGCCUUAAAUUAGUGCAAGGUGGGGAGCAGAAAAUCCAGGCCAUAGGAAGUGGCUGGGAUGGAAACUGCUGCGGUGAAGCUGAGGAGAGGUUAUACCAGAAUUGAAUCAAAUAGUUUGGCAGAGUUGAGGUGUGCUGUGACCAAAAACUAAGUGUGUCUGGGGUGUGAGUACGUGUGCUGAAUGAAUAUCUGUAGAUUUGUUAGUCCCGUGCAGACUUACGUCACAGUUUCUUAUUUGAUGCUUUGAGGAGUUUAUGUUUUAAAUGACAAAUGAGGUAACAUGGAGACUGAGUUAUCUAUGAUGUAAAAUUGACUAGGUUAGAAAUGAAAACCUGCAUAAUUAAGAGAGGGAACUUAUCUGUGGAGUAAGUAAAGGUGACCAGAAACUCAGUAACUGAAAACAAACAUAAUUAAUUACUAACUUCAGUACUGGAAAGAUGGAUCAGUCUCUUUACUAUAAGAAUGGGAGUGCAAAUGCACUUUUGCCAAGCUGGGUGAUAUCCCGUCUGCCAGCUUUUCCUCUCCACCAAUUUAGCUAAGCAAGAUUUGAAUCUACUAGGUGUACUUUAAAAGACUUGUAUAAACGACUGCUUUAAAUGCAAGAUGUAAAGAUGUUUAUGAUAACGUCAUGAAAGCCAAUGCUUCCAGACAUAUUUGAAAGUUUUAAAACAGGUACUGAGGUUUUAUAUUCUUGGUACCCACUCAGAUUGCUUUGAAUAGCAAUGUGGAAGCUUGUCUUGUAGCAAAUUUCAUAUACCUCAUCACUUACUUGAGUCUAUGAGGAUUUGGGCAGAAUAUUUAAUUUAGUAUCCUUUGCCUGGAAUGUGAAUUUGACUGCAAAUGUAUUCUCAGAUCUUGUACAUAUUUUAUAUUUAUGACUUGUAAGCUGUUUUCUUUUAUAUGUGAUGUUCAGGUUUUUUUCUUGAAUAAAACAUCUUUUCUUCCCCCUU